GGGAAACCUGGCUCACCCAACCCGACUCAACCCAUCUGGUUACUGGUAGCAGGCAUAGUGAGUGGACUUUUUUCUUUCCCGUAUUGCUAUUUCCUUCUUCCAUUGCUUUAGUUGCUGUUACUUUCUUGCUUUCAAGAUAAAUUGUUGCAGAAUUAUUAGAGAGAGAAGAGAGAGAAACAGACAGAGGGAGGGAGAGAGAGACGAGCGAUUUUGCGAGCAAUAUGCAAUAGUGGGGAAAUUUUGACAAGAGGUUCGGAUGGGUUGCCUCAGAUCCAGGCAACUAUGGUGUUAAUAAUGUCAGAAAAGGGUAACCAUACCAUCCUCUUUUUGUUAAUAAAUGUCGUCUUGUGAUUCCUGUGACUUCACUUGUGCUUUCUUUCUCCUUUCUCAUGACCCAUUUUAUCUGUUCAUUUAUCUGGGUUCAAAGUUGUGGAUGAUGGGUCGCUUCCGUUUUUUCGAUUGAUUUCUUGAUUCUUGGGGAAGUUGCAAUUUCUUUCUUUUGUAAAUUCCUUUUCCUCGUGGAUUUCAAGUUUCUAUUUUCUCUGGUCCUUUAUUGUUGAUGGAAGUUGACAGAGAAGAGUCCAGAGAAGAAGUUGAUGAGGCCUCUACUACUGGGUCUGUUAGGUGGAAAGUUCGCCCUCCAUUUUAGUUGACCAGAUCUGCCUUGCCUUGUCUUUUUCUGCAAUUUCUGAUUCUGGUAAGGCAUGGGAAAUGGUCUGCUGAAAUCCACCACCAUUCACAUUCUGGAAUCAUUCUCGGUAAUUGGAGUAGCUAUUUUGGUUCAAUAAAAGAAAAUAAUGAUGAUUUCACUCGGCCUGAGAGGUAACUAUCUGUACUUGCUGCUGGAUAGGGCUUUUGAUGGAGGGGAUCUAUACGGCGGUGUUAGUGCCACUUACAGUAGCUAAUUUAGCCUUCGAAAACACAAGUUUGGAGACCCACUUGGAUAUCUCAAGGCAGAGGAAGUGUAUGGCUGAAGCAGCUAAACAACAACCUGAUCGUCCUGAAACCGAAGUCUCUACUUUUGUUAGGGAUAACAACUAUAAUUGUGGUGACUUGGCUAAAGAAGUUGUUGACGGAGUAGUGUUGGUUCCAAAGCAAGCGGAGGGAGGAGGUGGGGAGGGCUUGUUGGAUAUGAUAUCUGAGGAGGAGGACAAGAGCAAUUGGGUCUCUGGAAUUGAAGAUGGUGAAGAAGAUGAUUCCUUGUCGCUAGAAGGUGAUCAGAAUCUUGAACUUGUUAGUUCUUGUUCCCUCUCGGUAACUAGUGAGACUAGUAGCUUAUUUGGGGAAGAAUUCUUGAAUUUUGAGGCCAACUCUGAGUUUGGAACAAGUAGUAGUUCAAUAGAGGUUAUUGACCAGAGCAUCUGUGGUGUUGAUAUUAGCUAUACUGCCACAGAUUUGGAAGAGUCAAGUAUUGUGUCUCGAAAUUCCCUAUCUGUUGCAGUGAGCCAUGCAGAAGAAGUUAUUACUACAUCUUGUUCAAAUUCAAAGCCUGUUCCUUCUGUUGUAAUUCAGUUGGCACUGGAGAAAGAGGCUCGUGGAGCAGCCAUUGCUCGUAGUGUCUUUGAGUUGGACUAUGUUCCCCUCUGGGGUUUUACAUCUGUGUGUGGAAGAAGACCGGAGAUGGAGGAUGCAGUAGCAACUGUCCCUCAGUUUCUGAAAAUACCUAUCCAAAUGCUAAUUGGUAACCAAUUGCUGGAUGGCAUGAGCAAGUGUAUAACCCAUCAGACUGCUCAUUUUUUUGGAGUCUAUGAUGGUCAUGGAGGGUCGCAGGUUGCAAACUACUGUCGUGAACGUGUCCAUACUGCAUUGGCUGAGGAGAUUGGGUUUGUUGAGAAUUGUUGUUGUGUGACUGAUGGUUGCCAAGAGCAGUGGAGAAAAGCUUUCAGCAAUUGUUUUUUAAAGGUUGAUGCUGAAAUUGGUGGAACAGAAGGCAAUGCUGAUGAACCAGUUGCACCAGAAACUGUUGGUUCUACUGCCGUUGUCUCUGUUAUUUGCUCCUCCCAUAUCAUAGUAGCUAAUUGUGGAGAUUCAAGAGCUGUCCUGUGUCGUGGGAAAGAACCUAUUGCAUUAUCAGUGGAUCAUAAACCAAAUAGAGAAGAUGAAUAUGCAAGGAUAGAAGCAGCUGGAGGCAAGGUCAUACAAUGGAAUGGGCAUCGUGUCUUUGGUGUUCUUGCAAUGUCGAGGUCCAUUGGUGAUAGAUAUCUGAAACCAUGGAUUAUUCCUGAACCAGAAGUAAUGUUCAUUCCACGAGCCAAAGAGGAUGAAUGCCUUAUUCUGGCAAGUGAUGGUUUAUGGGACGUAAUGUCAAAUGAGGAAGCUUGUGAUCUCGCUCGGAGAAGAAUUCUCGUCUGGCACAAGAAGAAUGGUCAGGUAGCUGGUGCUGCACCUUCCUCCUCUCCUUCAGUGAAAGGGCCGGAGGGGGUUGAUCUUGCGUCUCAGGCAGCAGCAGAGUACCUGUCAAACAGGGCUAUUCAGAAAGGUAGCAAGGACAAUAUCACGGUGAUUGUGGUGGAUCUGAAAGCUCAAAGGAAGUUCAAGACGAAAACGUGACAUUGGCACAAGAAUCUCACUCGGUCAAGCUCAGCUCCUUAGAUGGAAGGAGACUUGUUCUAUAACAUGGUUGGUGGUGGUCCUUAUUGUUUUGCCCAUCUGUUUUUGUCCGACUUGUGGGCGUUUGCAGGCAGAAGGCAGAGGCAAACACUUUGGAGACUUGUGAGUGAGCUUUUGGCUUUCUUCUUUGUGUAAAUGGUACAUUAUAUAUGGGAGUAGGAGUGCAGGAAGGCAGGCAUAUUAUUACUGUAGGGGGGAUGAGAGCUGCGCGUGCUAUAGUUCCUUUGACAUUUAAUUAGUUUGUAUUCAUUUUGUAUUGUAUUGUAUGCCUCCGGGUUGAACUGGCCCAGCGAGGGUGUCGUUACCACUUGUCUGAUCUCAUUAUAAUUGGAAAACAACCACCUGUCUGCUCUGUUGACGUGUGUGUAUAACCUUCACAACCUGUUUACUUUUGAUGCCUUUACUAUGUGUAUUUACAAGUAUA